AUGUUGACCUUUUCUCAAAUCACCGCGGUACUCGCCUUUACAGGCGCAGUAGUUGCGAAGCCGUUUCCCCUGGAUGAUCGCUCAGCCAAUUCUGAUGGUGUCGGCAACACCCUCUCGCUCGAGCACCCUCGACGAUCUGUGGAUUCGCAGAACGGACCACUUGAGGUGCUCAAAGUCAGGAGGAGGUAUAACAUGGAGGUGUCUCCCAAGCUGGUCGCGGCUGCUGAAAGGCAGGUAAAGAGGCUCGCUUCUUUGCAAGCUCGAGACGACGAGGACCGUGGCAGCGUGGCUUUCUAUCAAAGCUAUAAUGACCAACAAGAGAAGACAGUUUGGGCCUAUGUUGGUGGCCAGGAACUUAAAACGACUCUAGGCCUCGCGGGCGCUGAUACCUUUUUCUUCUCCAACUUGCAACCAAAGGAACAGCUCGAGGGGCAUAGAUACUACACCGUCGACCCGGCCAAGCAAAAGAAGGGUUACACGUUUGGCCAGGGCUUCAAUGGUGGCAGUUCGCCAGUAGAGGGCUUGGUCUACACUGACAAUGUCACGCUCGGCGCAUUCUCAACCAACAUGGUUUUCGCGGCUGCCACGAACGCCACCAAGGACUGGUAUGGCGACAAGGGUGUAGACGGCUACAUUGGACUUGGCUUCUACGAGGACGCCAACGGCAUCGACCCUGACCCACAGCCCACCUUCUUCGACUCCAUCAAGAAAAAGCUCCACGAGCCCAUCUUCUCCUCGUCCCUCCGAUUCAACAAGAGCGGCAAGUUCGACUUUGGAUUCGUCGAUUAUAAGAACACGUGGGGUGACUUUGCUACCGUCGACGCCGUUCACGAUGGCUGGGGUCACUGGGCCUGCAUGAUAGAUGGCUUCGGCAUCGGCAACCACAACCCCCACAUCACCAAGCGCGACAUGAAGAUCCACGUCGACACCGCCACAACCCUCGUCUUCGCACAGCCGGAUAUCGUCGCCGGUUACUGGAAGCUCGUCAAGGGCGCACACUUUGACGACGCCAACCAGGGUUUCGUGUACCCUUGCAACACGCACAUCCUGCCCAACAUCACUUUUACGGUAAAGGGUGCGAGACAGGAAAUCAACGGCGAGUCCCUGCGUUUCUCCCCCAUUGAUCACGCGAAGAAGACAUGCUUUGGCGGUCUUCAAAACAUUGGUGGCGGCGUUGACUUUGGUCUGUUUGGUACUCCUUUUAUGGAGAACAGAUAUGUCCUUUUCAACCUGACCGACCCUAAGGGCACCAUCGGAUUCGCUCCGAUGAUCAUGCACCCGUAAAGCUGUGGGUGGUCAUGUAUAUACUAUGUAAUACAUAUCUUUUAAUGUUAUUAUGUGGGUUGAUAGAUGAUGUGAAACUGUGGCGGAAGAAAUGGAAAAGAAUGAUUAGAUAUGGAUGAUAAAUAGAAGUCUGAUUUAUA